CGCAAUAAAGAACAAAUACCUUGAAUUAGCAUCAGAGGCUGAUCACUGAGCAGCGCCUACCAACACAAAGUUUUAUUUUGCUUGCUUUGUUGCCCAGCAACCAGUGUUGAAAUGUAACACAGCAGAGUUCUGAAGCAGCAGAGCGGAGGUGAAAAGGUGAAACAUAAAUUGUGUGUACACAGCUGUAGGAGCAGUUAUGAGACUGAGGUGAGAAGCUUCAAGCUGAAUGGCCGUUUCACAGGAGCUAAAGCUGUUGGUAUUUUCUUCUAAAACUGAAAACAAUCUCAUCACUUGAUUGAUGUCAACUCAGAAAAAACAAAGAUAAAAUAUGUACCAUGCCCAAAGGGAAGGGAGCCAAAGGCACAAAGAUAACGCUCAAGAUUGCCAAAAAGGCAAUACGGAUGACCCCAGAUGGACGGCGCAGACUCAUCCUUAGCAACAUGGGUAUAACCAUCUUCCCAAAGUGUCUCCUCAAACUGUCUAAUGUGGACGAAUUGGACCUCAGCCGCAACCUGAUACAGAGACUCCCAGAUAACAUUGGGAACUUCUCAUCACUCAGGUGGCUGGAUCUCCACAGCAACAAGCUAGAGUCUGUGCCUGAGUCCAUUGGCAACCUGGUGGGACUCACCCACCUCAACCUCUCAAACAACUGCCUAACCUCUUCAAGUUUACCCUCCACAUUGGGUUUUCUCGCCAGCCUGAGGAGUCUCAAUCUGGGGAUGAACAGGCUGGACAGCCUGCCUCCCACUAUGGUGGCUCUAGACAGCCUGGAAGAGUUAGGCCUGUUUGAUAACCUCUUCAUCCAGCUGCCAGAGUUUGUGAAAGCCCUACGCAACCUCACUAAGGUGAACAUGAAACGAAAUCCUCUAUCGUAUGCUCAGGGGGAUGGUGAAAAAUCAGAACCAGAGGAAGAUGUGUACCUGGUCCAUGAGAGCAGCCUGUGUAGGACAUGCCUUAAGAGAUGUAAAGAGCAGACAGAAAGGCUUACACGAGGAAGAAUAGGAAGAGUUGGAGGAGGAGGAGACAUGUUUGAGGACAAAAGGAUAAGGACUUAUCCAGGACUGAUGGUGCCAAACUCCGUGGCAACAGCCAAUCAAGAUGUGUGGAGAGUAAGAAAGGUAGAACACAAGUCAAUCAAAUGACAAAACAGCU